AUGUCAUUAGUUUAUAGAUUUGGUUUAAUAUCACAAACCAUACAAGAAGCAGUAUGGGGUAUACCUAGAAUACCACAGAUAUCAAUAACAUUACCUAAAAAACUACAAGAAUUAAAAGAAAAAUUAUUUCAAGAAGAUAUAUCCAUCGAUAAUGGUUCAAUAUUAAGGGCCGUUCCAAAGAAAAAAUUAUCACAUAGAAGACAUAGAGUUAAACAAUAUGCUGCUGGUAGAAAACAAAUUCAACAGUUAGAAAAUUUAGUGAGAUGUCCAGCUUGUGGAUCUGUUAAAAGAUCUCAUUUUAUGUGCAUGAAUUGUUUUGACGAAAUUAAAACAUUUUUAAAAGGUUUAAAAAGAGCAAAUGGUUUGAUAAAAGAUACUGUUAUAAGACCAAUGGAAAAUUUUGCAAAUCCAAGAGAUGAAACAAUUAUAUAUCCUGGUAAAUUUACAAAACCAGAAGAAAGACAAUUAAAAGCAAAAGAAUAUAUUCCAAAGAGGGAAGAACCAAUAAUGUUUCAAAAGGGUAAAAUGUUACAUAAUAAGAAAAGAGAUAGAUUAGAAAAAGCUGGCAUCUAUAAAUAA